AUGGCCGCGAUGUUCCGCGCCCGCCGCCUGCUCCGCCUCGCCCGCCCCGCGCUGCUGCCGCCGCCCGCCCGCGGCUACGCCGAGCCCGCCGCGGGCCCCGCCGCCAUGGCCUUCACCUUCGCCUCGCCCACGCAGGUGUUCUACAACGGUGCCAACGUGAAGCAGGUGGACGUGCCCACGCUGACUGGCUCCUUUGGCAUCCUGGCAUCCCACGUCCCCACGCUGCAGGUGCUCCGGCCAGGCGUGGUCACAGUCUACGCCGAGGACGGGACGGCCACCAAGUACUUUGUGAGCAGCGGCUCCGUCACCGUCAACGCCGACUCCACAGUGCAGGUGCUGGCAGAGGAGGCGGUGACCAUGGACAUGCUGGACCUGGCUACUGCGAAAUCCAACCUGGAGAAGGCCGUGUCAGAAGUGGCUGCAGCGUCCGAUGAAGCUGCUAAAGCAGAAGCUCAGAUUAAGGUAGAAGCCAACGAAGCCCUGGUGAAGGCUCUGGAGUGAUUCAGGAAUCCCACCGUGGGUGCAGAACUCCCAGCCUGUCCCUGUCCUGCUCCCCAGCUGCACAGAUGGAGUGGGGCGAACGGAGGUGGAGAAAACGUUCUCAUCAAUUAAAAGGAAAUGCAACCCCC